UGGAAAGGAGAAGAAGAAGAAGAAGCGAUUGAAGAAAAGCAAGAAGAAAGAACAAUCAAAAACCUAUGCUCCUUCCUAACGCAAACUUUAUAAUAAUAAUAAUAAAAAUAUUAAUAUUGUCGCUGUAAUUUCUUCUUCCUCCACGCAACUACAACACAAAAAUCCCUCUUCUUCAUCUUCUUUCCCUCUCCGAUUCUUCAUCUUCUCCAAUUUCAUUACUUCACUCGAUUCAUCCGUUACUGUUCCAUUCUCACCUCUCUACUCCCAACUCUUCUCAUAACUUCAACGUGCUGCCCACCCUUUCAAAUCAUUUUUGGAUUUUGGUGUUGACAGUUUUAUACGACUUUUCUCAUGAUCAGAGUCUUGUUAUAACCGUUUUGGCCUUUGGGGAAUGGACUGGCUGUUUACACCUACUGUUAGUGUCUGUGAACAAUGUUUAGCAGACCAAGUAGUUCCGGUGCUUUUAGUAUAUUCAAUUGGAAAAAGCAAAGUCCUUCAUCUCUGACAACAGGUUUACUGAAUGAUUCACCUGAGAUUGAAUUGUCUACUUAUGGAAAAAUCCCAAGUCCAGGAAGUGAGAGCCCUUCUGAUCUCCUUAAUAGCGAAAGUGUAUAUGUAGAACCAAUUGCUGAUUUGGAUCUCUUCUUUGAAAGACUUUACAGCUACUACUGCGAGAAAGGGCUAUGGUGCAUUGUUAUAAAGUGGAUUGUUGAACUUCUAAGUCUGGGAUUCACCAUAUGCUUUUCAGGAUUUUUUUUAUUAUAUGUUGAUUGGAAUGGACUCCGUAAUGCAAAAUGUGGGAUGGAUGCAGUCGAAUCUGGAAUUAAGCCCUGUGAUCUUAGCAAAGAAGCUCUCCAUCAACACCCUUUAACCCCACUGACACUUACCAAAGCUAUUAUUGUUGGAUACUUGGGAAUUUUUUCGAUCUAUUGGAUAUUUUGCUUUUUGAGAUUCUUUGCUCAACUAAAGGAUACUCUGGAAAUUCGUCAGUUUUACUACAACAGCCUCCAUGUUACUGACAAUGAAAUUCAAACUAUGCCCUGGGCCACAAUUGUUGACAAAGUUGUUCUCGUUCAGAGUACUCGAAAAUUAUGUGUGCUAAAAGAUCUUUCUGUCCAUGAUAUAGUCAUGAGACUGAUGCGGAAGGAGAACUACUUAAUCGGAAUGCUCAACAAGGGUGUGCUUGCUUUCCCCAUUUCACAAUGGUUUCCAGGUGCAGGUCCUACAGUUCAAUCUAGUCCUGAUGGAGCACAGCGUCGUUUAGUACUUCCCAAGACCCUUGAAUGGACUUUAAAUUGGUGCAUCCUGCAGAGCAUGUUUGAUCGGAACUUCUAUGUCAGAAGGGAUUUUGUGUCAAAUCCAAAGACAUUAAAGAAAAGGCUUAUGGUAGUUGGGUUGGCAAUGCUUUUACUUUCUCCAUUCCUUGUCAUAUUCAUGCUGGCAUAUCUAUUUCUGAAGCAUGCUGAACAAUUUUAUAAUCAUCCAAGCACUGCAUCGUCUCGAAGGUGGUCAAAUUUAUCUAGGUGGAUGUUUAGGGAAUUCAAUGAGGUGGAACAUCUCUUCAGGCAUCGAAUUAAUAACAGUGUGUUGCAUGCUUCUGAUUAUCUCAAGCAAUUUCCAUCACCUAUCAUAACUAUCAUUGCAAAAUUCAUAUCUUUUGUAUCCGGUGGAUUUGCUGCAGUUCUGAUAAUUAUUGCUUUUCUCGAGGAGUCUCUUCUAGAGGGCCAUAUAUUUGGUCGGAACUUGUUUUGGUAUGCUGCUGUUUUUGGAACUAUAACAGCUAUUAGCCGGGCUGCAAUAGCAAAUGACCUUCUUGUAUUAAAUCCUGAGGUAGCAAUAUCUAUGGUGGUUCAACAUACACAUUAUAUGCCAAAGAGAUGGCGUGGCAAAGAAAUUACUGAACUUGUUCGCAUUGAGUUUGAAACCUUAUUCCAGUAUACUGGAAUGAUGUUACUUGAGGAUAUGGCUUCAAUUUUCCUCACUCCUUAUUUACUUCUAUUUGUUGUCCCAAAGCGAGUUGAUGAUAUCUUGCAGUACAUUGCUGAUUUCACUGUAAAUGUUGAAGGUGUUGGGCAUGUUUGCAGUUUUAGCACCUUUGAUUUUCAAGAGCAUGGAAACACUCAUUACGGUUCCCCCUACAAUGCCCCUCGUCACCGGAGGAGUUCACAAGGAAAGAUGGAGAAAUCGUUGUUGAGCUUUCAGAGUAGUUACCCAUCAUGGGAACCAAAUGCCCAGGGGAAGCAGUUUUUUCUUAAUCUUAGAACAUUCAGAGAGCAGAAGUUAUCAGCAUAUGCAAACAGACACAGAUCUUCAUCUCCUAGAACGUGGAGAGGUAGUCCCAAUAUGGGAGACAAUGGAGACAGAAACCGAUUUGUAUCUCGGGAAAUGCCACACAGUACUUUUGUAACUGGCAAUCACUUGGGUUCUUUGUGGCUGAUUGAAGGCAACCAGAACAAUCUUCCCUAUCUUCUUGAUUGGUACUACACAUCUCAACCUCAUGAAGCAACUAUGAGUGAUGUUCCAUUCGAACCAUAUGGAGUAACAGAACGUUAUUCCAGAGACUAUUCAAUGCCCUCCAACUUGCAACAGAACGAACAUGAGUACGAAGAAUACUCAAAUGAGUACCAAGAGGAACGGGCUGGAUCUCAUCUUGGGGCUUCCACGUCAUCUCCCAUCUUCAGGGAGGGCCUUAUUCAUGAUCAAAAUUAUAAUGAACUUCCCCAAGCAACUAGAAGCCAAUGGUGGGCUAGAAGUCGCCUUCAGAGUGGAAAGGCUCAGACAAGCUUCUUUGAGCCUCCAGAUUUCAAUGACCAAACAGGGUGGGCUAGAAGUCGCCUACAUAGUGGAAAGGCUCAGACAAGCUUCUUUGAGCCUCCAGAUUUCAAUGACCAGACAGCAUAUAAGUAUCACGACAAGUUUUCUGAUAGAGGCUCCGAGGAUCAAGAUCAAGAACAAUACUCUUACUGGAGAGAUCAUCACGACAAAUUAUCUAGAACAGCACUGACAGAUGACUUAGAGGCAGGGGAAAUAAAUUUACAUUUUGGUGAUAUAUAUAGCAGCAGACCUCCAGAAACCCCCACUGCAAGCUUUUGAAUAAUAAAUAGCUUUGUCCCUCUCCCACAUUAUUUGUUCGGGAUGUUCUUGCUUUCAAUUAAAUGGAAUGCAUGAAUUUCCAAGUCAUGAUUGUCCCUUUCUAUUUUAGUUAUUUGGAAAUUUCGAUUCUUUGAUGUACAUAGAUUCAUCUAAGUGAGGUUAGACAGUUAAUUGAGCCUCAGCUUUAUGUUAGAACUUAAAAAUGUCUUGAAGCUGCCUAUAAAGGGUCUCUGAUAAA